AAUUAAACUAUCAUUCUUGCUCUCUCUCUAUAACUUUCUCUCUCCUCCCCUGUUUUGUUUUUGUUCCAACAACAUCAAUGUCGUCGACCUCUGCAACACCCCUGCUGAAAGAUGAGCUCGACAUUGUCAUUCCGACAAUUAGAAACCUCGAUUUCCUCGAAAUGUGGAGACCCUUUUUCCAGCCGUACCAUCUAAUCAUCGUACAAGAUGGCGAUCCCACAAAAAAGAUUCAUGUUCCAGAAGGUUUUGAUUAUGAACUUUAUAAUAGGGAUGACAUUAACAAGAUUCUGGGUCCUAAGGCUAAUUGCAUCUCUUUUAAGGAUUCUGCUUGUCGUUGCUUUGGUUACAUGGUUUCUAAGAAGAAGUAUAUCUACACCAUUGAUGAUGAUUGCUUUGUUGCCAAGGACCCAUCUGGCAACGAUAUCAAUGCCCUUGAGCAGCACAUUAAGAACCUUCUGUGCCCAUCAACACCUUUCUUCUUCAACACUUUGUACGACCCUUUCCGUGAUGGUGCUGACUUUGUCCGUGGAUACCCCUUCAGUCUGCGCGAGGGUGUCCCAACUGCUGUUUCCCAUGGUCUGUGGCUCAACAUCCCUGAUUACGAUGCACCCACUCAACUUGUCAAGCCCCUUGAGAGGAACAAGAGGUAUGUGGACACAGUUUUGACUAUCCCAAAGGGCACAUUGUUCCCCAUGUGUGGUAUGAACCUGGCUUUUGACCGUGAGCUUAUCGGCCCUGCCAUGUACUUUGGUCUCAUGGGCGAUGGUCAGCCUAUUGGACGUUACGACGAUAUGUGGGCUGGAUGGUGCACUAAGGUCAUCUGUGAUCACUUGGGAUUGGGAGUGAAGACUGGACUUCCCUACAUCUAUCACAGCAAGGCUAGCAACCCAUUCACAAACUUGAGGAAAGAGUAUAAGGGUAUUUUCUGGCAAGAAGAGAUCAUUCCCUUCUUCCAAUCUGCUGUGAUUCCAAAGGAAUGCACCACUGUUCAGGACUGCUACAAAGAACUUGCUACACAGGUUAAGGAUAAACUAGCCAAGAUAGACCCUUACUUUGAGAAGCUUGGUGAUGCCAUGGUCACAUGGAUCGAGGCAUGGGAUGAGCUCAACCCACCUGCCAACACCGAGGCCAAGUAGAUCCCACCAAUAAAGAUUCAUUCUCUUGUUUUCCCAAACUCAACUCUUUAUGUCUUAAAACACCUGUUUUUUUACUUGAAGCUAGAGUUGGGGGAAAUAUUUAUAGGCUAGCAGAGUAGCAGCUGCUCUAAAAUUCUGCAUUUACUUUCAGCAAUUUUUUUUUUCUGAGUUGUUAUGGUCAGCUUAUGCUAUUCCGGAGCGAUAUCUGUAGACCAUGAGCUUUUAGAUGAAUAAAAUUUACAUUUUUUA